UCCACCGUUUGAAAGAACACCGUUGUUUGCCCAAUUUCAAAAAUAAAACGUUGAUUUUUGUUACCUUUGUUAUAUUCGCAAUUUAGCACUUGUGUGUGCACUGUGUGUGUAGAGUGCAGACAGCAGGAGGCGCAAACAUGAAUCCCUAUGACGAACGAAGACUGAUAGAUGAAGUCAUCUACCUCCAUUCUCUGUGGCACCAAGGUCCUCCCCAAGCUCCACCACCGCCAAACCCUAUUCUAACUCCAACACAACUCUACAACAACACCAUUCCCUUUCCGUCAGACCAUCACAUCUCUAAACCCCUUAAUCCCUAUUUCAAUGCGUCCCCCUGGCACCUUAACCCUCAUCGUCAACAUCCCCCACCCAUCCCUCUUGCACCUGCGCACACCGGAUCACUCCCACCCACCUCAAACAACAAAAAAAAGAAGAACAAGAACAAGAAGAAUAAGGCGAGGGACCGACCACGGAGUCCGGGUUUGGAGUGGCCAUGCCCGGCUCCGUCUGACCCGCCCUCGACGGGCUGGCCCGCACCCAAGAAGCCCCGGUUAGAGGCCCCUGCGGUGUCUCCCGAGGAGAAGGAGAGGCUUGGGGCUUUGCGAGCUCAGAACAAGGCGUCCCAAGCUUUAAGGGGCUUCAUCUUGAAUGGUGAUGACGAUGAUUGUGAUGAUGACGACGACGACUACGACGAUGCUGAGUUGGAAGAAUAUGAGGGGUUCUUUUUGAGGAUCUUCAAGGAGGAUGAUGAAAUGAGGAGCUAUUACCAAAGGCGUUUCGAGAACGGCGAGUUUUGCUGCUUGGUUUGCGACGCGGUUGGGAAGAAGAAUUCUGGGAAGAAGUAUAAGGACUGUGUUGGCCUUCUUCAGCAUGCCAAGUCUGUCUUGAGGACGGUCAAGAAACUGGCUCAUAGGGCUUUUGGGCAGGCGGUGUGCAAGGUAUUGGGUUGGGACAUUGAUCAGCUUCCGGUGAUUGCAAUGAAGGGAGAGCCUCUUGGGUCCAAUUUGAAGAUCAUGCCAUCCAACUCAGAGGAUGAGGUUAAGGAGAAUGCUGAUGAUGGAGAAGGUGGUACCUGCAAGCAAAAUGGUAAGGUUGUGUCUAUGGAGAAUAAUGAUCAACCGGAUGAAGAGUGUGUGAACGGAGUUGAACAGAGUAUUGUUGGGUGUUCUAUGAUUGAAAAAGAUCUUGAUAAUAAGGACGAGAAUCUUGACGAAAAGAUUUUGGAUAUUAGAUUUGAAAGUGGAGAGGGUGGAGCAAUGACUAAGGCAUCUCUUGAGUAUUGUGAUUCUAAUGCUGGAUGGGUUUUUAAAAAUUCCAAUAGCGAUUCAUCCUCAACUGCAUCAGUUUGGCCUCUCUUCCAAACCAACUCAUCUCAUUGCACUAGCUCUCUUUCAGCAGAAGAGCAAGCCAAUGUGGCAGUGCAGCAAUUGCAGCACAAGGCAUUAAAAGCUUAUAAAAAAUACCUAGUUGCUAAUGCUGAUUCUGACUCUGAUGAUGAGGACAGCAAUGACGAGGAUGAAGAUGAUGUGUCGGAUCAUUCUCCCGAAAAACAUGAGGACUUCAAGUUCUUUCUGAGUUUGUUUACAGAAGACAGUGACUUGAGGAUAUAUUAUGAAAACAACAAUAGCAAAGGAGACUUUUAUUGCUUGGUUUGUGGAGCCAUAGGAAAGAAGGUGUGGAAGAAGUUUAAGGAUUGCAUCGCUUUACUUCAGCAUUCUACUGCGGUAAAAAGGACAAAAAGGAAGCAAGCUCACAGAGCUUAUUCACAGGUCAUCUGUAAAGUUCUUGGUUGGGACAUCGAUCGAUUGCCAACUAUCGUGUUAAAGGACCAACCCCUCAGUUCUUCCUUGGAAGGUUCAACAAAGCUUUAGGAAGGUCAACUCCUCUAGCAGCUAUAUCUGUUGCUACAAGCAGAUAUCCACCUCCUUUUCCAACCUCCUGAAUCAAACACGUGUCACCAUCCGUUGUUGAAAAUACUUAUUCUUAUGCUACUGAAUGGAAGGAACUUACCAACAAUGAAACUGCGCGCGAGUGGAAAUUCAUGUCAUCCUCGAGAAGGACAAUAUCUAAAGGCCGUUCAUAUGAUGUUUUCAAAAAGUCAAUGACAAGGUAUGUUGAUGCAUAGUGAAAUGAUUUCAAGCCUUUUUGAACUUCUGAGACUGCAUGCAUAGUGCACAACUUACAGAUUACAUAAUCCAACUGAGAAAGAGUGAGGAGGAGGAUUCUCGAUAUACC